GUGUCCCUGUCAGAGAGUUUUUGCACUCAGACCCCCAAGUCCCUCUGGAGGCCAUCCCAGUGGGCACACGCUCGGGUAGCGCUCCAGCCCCGCGCUCCUUCCCUCUUUCAUUCCCAGCUGCCAAGACCUUGGAAGCUUUGAAACUCAGCAAAGAAGGGAAAUCCAUCCAGAACGGUCUGUAAAGGUAUCCUAGGACAACCUGCUGACCUUAACUCCUCUACAAAAAAAUCUGUGCAUCCAGCCACUGAGAACUCCAAGGAAGCAGCAGUAGUCUAAAAGACUCUGAGUCCAGAGCAACCGUUCCCAAAAGGUGGCUUAUAGAGCCCUGAGAAUCCCUGAGACCCUUUCAUGAAAUCUGCAAGACCUCAAGUGUAAGGAAAUGUCAUUCAGAUUUGGCCAGCAUCUUAUCAAGCCCUCUGUGGUGUUUCUCAAAACGGAGCUGUCCUUUGCUCUCGUGAAUAGGAAACCGGUCGUACCAGGACAUGUUCUCGUGUGCCCACUGCGGCCAGUGGAGCGCUUCCAAGAUCUGCAUCCUGAUGAAGUGGCCGAUUUGUUUCAAGUGACCCAGAGAGUCGGGACAGUGGUGGAGAAGCAUUUCCAGGGGACCUCUCUGACUUUUUCCAUGCAGGAUGGCCCUGAAGCCGGACAGACUGUGAAGCACGUUCAUGUCCACGUUCUUCCCAGAAAGGCUGGAGACUUUCGCAGGAAUGACAGCAUCUAUGAAGAGCUCCAGAAACAUGACAAAGAGGGAGUGGACUCCCCAGCCUCCUGGAGAUCAGAGGAGGAAAUGGCGGCAGAAGCUGCAGCUCUGAGGAUCUACUUUCAAUGACAGGCAUGAAAGUAACUCAAACAAAUCCCAAGGCAUAAGGAAAUGGGCCUCGUUCUCUAGGACUCCGCGGCAUUGGAAAUGAAGCUAAGCAGACUUUAUUACAUCCUAUGAUUCUGCAACCUUUUGCGAAGCAUUUUAUUGCACUUGUGGAAGCCACUGGGGUUAUGUUUCAAUCAUGAUGACUGACAGGCUGGCUUCAAAACAAUGGCAUCCACAACCUUGCCACGCGUUUCUCUUCACGCUAUGUACUUAGAAUAGAACGUUUCUAAAUUGUCCCUUAGCCUGGAUGAAAAUA